AUGCAGGUUACCGAUCGAUUUGGUAAAUCAAUUCAAAGUCAAAUACAACCAUUAUAUCAAAAUGUAUCCUCUCAAGGGAUUCGAUCGUCAAAUGAGAGCUUCUCAUCAUCUACAAUCGAAGUGUUCGUUUUUGAAUUGUACUCAAUCUACACGGAUGCUUUUCAAAAUUAUUCUACGUCUGAACAAGAACGACUUACGGACGCGCUUGACGCUAUUCAACUCGAUACAAAUGACACUUCAUCUAGUAUUCAAUUACUCGUAUCAUCAAUAUCUAAUGUAUUUUCAUUAGCAAAUGAAAGCGUUGACAGAUGUAAGCAAUUAACCAAUGGUCAAACAAUCAUCAGUCUUCUUAAUGUCCUUCAAAAAUUUUUUAUCAGUUAUAUUGGCGAAUUAAAACGAGUUGUGAAUAAUAUUCGCGAAAGAAAUACGAAAAUAUUAGGCAAUGAAGAUUGGGAAUUAUUUCAACAAACAAUUCGUAUCUUGGAAAUAUGUGGCGAACUUAUUCUUGCUUAUGAACAAUUUGAAUCAUCAUUAGCACAGCAGUUGUUACAAAUGAUUAAUGAAUGGCCAAAUAAAUCGAAUAAACACAAACAACAUCAGGAUCUAUUUGACUUAGCAAUUGAAUCAUUUAUUAACAAAACAUCGUCAUCGGAUAAACAUGAUAUUGUAUCAAUUACAAAUGCUCUUGAAAAUGCUACGUACAGUCUCUUUCCUGAUAUACCAAAAUUAUUGAGUAAAUUUAGUGAUGAAUGUCAUCAAUUUAGUUUUGAUGCUGUCUUUUUACCGAUUCAUUCACUACUUAAUGGGUUUUCGAAAUUACCAGUUUGGUCAAGUGACAAUCGAGGUACAAUUGUUGCGGAUUUACCUUCAUUUAGUCUUGUUCCACAAGAAAAUAUUACUAAAAUCGGUCAAUAUCUUUUAAUGCUUCCGCAACAUUUUGAACCAUUUAAUUUACAUGAUAAUCGACAAUUAGGAAUUGCAUUCAAAAAAGGAAAAUUACCGUAUCUCGAAGAUAAAGAAUUGUAUAAUGAUUUAACAUCCUGUUGGCUUGAUUCAAUUGCUUUGGCUACAAUGCGUCUUUGUAUUGAACAAACAUUAAAAAUUCAAACAUUGAGUUCAACAGGUCUCAAACAAUUAAUUAUGGAUCUUCAGUAUUUAUAUAGUGUAUUGGAAGAUUUCGGCCUUAAAGAUGUAGCCGAUUUUCGAGAUGUGAUUGAAUUAUUGAAUACUGCGGAAGAGACAUUUGAAGAACUUGCUCGACAUAAGCCAGCACGCAUGGCUACAACAAUUCGAACAAUGCGACGCUUGUGA